CGCUUUCCUGCGAGACCUCAUGGGUUGGUUCCCGGCAGCCCGAUGGCUCCUGUUGGUGGGGCUGGCGGUGGCUCUGGGGCAGCACACGGAGACGUGGGCAAGCAUGAGUGUGGCUGAGGGGGAACAGGAGGAGCAGGUGUCCGGAGAGUUCGUGGAAGAGGACGAGGUCCUGGUCCUAACCCAGAGCAACUUUGCUCAAGCCCUGCAGAAACAUCCGCUGCUCCUGGUGGAGUUCUAUGCUCCCUGGUGCAGGCCGUGCCAGGCCCUGGCUCCCGAGUACGCAAAGGCAGCAGCUGUGCUCAAGGAUGAGGGCUCCCCAGUGAGGCUGGCCAAGGUGGACGCCGUGGAGGAGCGGCUGCUGAGCGCAGAGUUUGGGGCCACCGAGUACCCCGUCCUCAAGCUGUUCAGAGAUGGAAACCGCACUCACCCCGCCAACUUCACAGGCCAGCAAGAUGCCGAGGGGAUCGUGAAGUGGCUGAAGCGCAAGGCUGGGCCCAGUGCAGUGCUGCUGGAGGAUGCUGAAGAGGCGGCGGCUUUCCUGGAUGCCCACACUGUGGCCGUGGUCGGAUUCUUCUCCGACCUGCAGGACGCAGAUGUGCGCCUCUUCUAUGAUGUGGCCAGUGACGCGCCUGAUGCAGCCUUCGCAGUCACCAACCAUCCAGAGCUCUUCCAGAUGUACAACAUCACCAGUGGCAGCACCGUGGUCUCUCUCUUCCGGAAGCAUGAUGAACCCCGGGCGGACUUCCUGGUCGACACGGAGCUGGGCCUGGAUGUGGCAGAGCUGAGCCGGUUCGUGGCGGUGCAGAGCCUGGAGCUGGUUAUGGAAUUCACGAAGAAGAAUGCCUCCAGGAUUUUUGGGGCCCAGGUGCCAAACCACCUGCUGCUGUUCCUCAACAAGACGGUGGACUCCCAGCUGGAGCUGCUGGACAGCUUCCGGGGGGCUGCAUCUGCCUUCCGGGGAAAGGUGCUUUUUGUCCUGGCGGAUGUGGAUGGGGAAGGAGCGGGUGUGCUGCACUACUUCGGCCUCAAGAGCCAGGAUGCGCCCGCCAUACGGUUCAUUCACAUCGAGACCAACACGAAGUACCGCCUGGACACGGAUGAGCUCAGUGCGGCGACUGUCCACACCUUCUGCCGGGACGUGCUCGGAGGCAAAGUCCAGCCCCACCUGAUGAGCGAGGAGAUUCCCAGGGACUGGGAUAAACAGCCCGUUAAAGUUCUGGUGGGCAAGAACUUCGAGCAAGUGGCCUUUGAUGAAGCCAAAAGCGUGUUCGUCAAGUUCUACGCCCCCUGGUGCCCCCACAGCAAGGCCAUGGCGCCUGCCUGGGAGGAGCUGGGGCAGAAAUACGACGGCCACCCAGACAUCGUCAUUGCCCAGAUGGACGCCACAGCCAACGAAGUGGCGGGCCUCCCUGUUCCAGCCUACCCGACACUGUACUACUUUCCUGCAGGGGACGAGAGGAAGAUGGUCGAGUACAGGAGCGCCAGAGAUGUGGAGAGCUUCGUGCGCUUCCUGGAGGGCGAAGAGGAGCCCCCUCCCCCCGAGAGCUCAGUGGCUGCCGAGGACCCUGAGGGACCGAAGAACACGCAAAGCUCACCUGAGGCAUCUGAGCCGCAUGCCGAGUUGUAGGACUUCUGCUUCUGGGUUGCCUCACCAGGUGCUGGCUGCCCUCAUGCGCCCGAAUGACAAAGAGCCUUAACACCGGCAACAUGUGUGGGUUGUGGGUUGUGCGUUCCUCCUCAAACAUUCAGCUCGAGGCCCUUCCUCGCA